AUGGGUGGUGGCCUUGGUUUUGGAUGUCCUUCUGGUGAAUUUAAUUGCUCCUUUCAUUCUCCCAGCCAAAGUUCUGUGGAGGAGAUGGUGAGGAAGGACAUCGAAGAUUUUGAGGGGGAGCCCUCCCAGCCUCCAAGCAGCUGGCCCCCAAGCCAGAAUGGGAGUCACGCCGAGGCCACCCCACCUGCAAACCUCACCUUCUCCUGCUACUGCCAGCACUGCUCACGGGCAGCCGUGUUCACUGCGGCCCACGUGCUCAUCUUCCUCCUCCGCAUGGUGGGCAACACCCUGGUCAGCUUCACCGCGCUUAAGAACCGGCGCAUGCGCACUGUCACCAACAUGCUCCUUGUCAACCUGGCCAUGGUGGGCAUCUUCCGCGUGCCUACUGCCCUUGUGGACGACCUCACCACUGGGUGGUCUGUUGACAAUGCCACGUGCAAGAUGAGUGGCUCGGUGCAGGGCAUCUCUGUGUUGGCUCCCAUUUUCACACUGGUGGCCAUUGCCGUGAAAAGAUUCCACUGCAUCGUGCACUCUCUCUGCAAAAAGCUGACCCUGCAGAAGGGGCUGGUCACCAUUGCAGUCAUUUGGGCCCUGGCCCUGCUCAUCAUGGGCACGUAUCGGGAGGGCUGGCCUGAGAAGGGCAUGCACCGGGUUUGCACUGCUGUGCUCUUUUCCCACAUCUACCUUGCACCAUUGACGUUCUUUGUGGCCAUGUAUGCCUGCAAGCUUGUUGAGGCUUCAGGCCCCAGCCAAAUGGGCAAGGAGGCAGGUGGGGGUCUCUGGUACAAGGUCAAGGUUAUGCACAUGCUGGUUGUGGUGGCAGUCUUCUUCACGUCCUGGCUGCCACCCUGGGCACUGCUGCUGCUCACCCACCACCCGCAGCUCAGUGAGCCACAGUUGCACCUGACCUCUGUCUACUCCUUCCCCUUAGCCCACUGACUGGCCUUUCUCAACAGUAGCGCCAACCCCACCAUCUAUGGCUACUUCAACAAGAACUUCUGCCAUGGCUUCCAGGCCGCCUUCCAUGUCUAGCUCUGCCCACUGCAGUAGGGGAGCCACAAGAAAGCCUACUUACUGCUCACUUGGGUCUUGGUGGAGGUGCAGCCUAGUGACUCAGGCCUGCCCUUUGAGUUGGGGCCCAGCAGCGGCGCUCCCAAGCCUGGCUGCCUCCUGCCACACAAUGGCCCGAUGGCACACCAUGGCUUGGCUGUAGAGGGUCCUGGUUGCUCCCAUCUGCCCCUUACCAGACCAGCCUGGGAUAUAUGA